AUGGCGCCAAAACUCGAGGACGUAGAAGAAGAGCAACGUCACUUCGCUAAUGUCGUUAACACUUUUCGUAAUUAUGCACAAUACACGCUCUCUGCCAACAAUCGUCGACGGAAAGACAUCUACAGACUUCCCCAGGCGGAUCAAGAGCUUCUAGGUCAAUUGGGUUACAAACAAAAACUCGAUGCUGCCGAUAAGGCCAUUCUGGCCAAUGCAGAUUUUCUAGCGAAGAUUGUCGAAGACACCCAGAUGUUUGGGGACGAACCUAACAGAGAGGACGCAGAGAAUACUUUUGGAGAGAUUAACCCGUACAAUUCGCUCUCCCAUGACGAUGAUCUGGGUCAACCUCAUAAUCAUUCCCACUCGGACUCUCAUUCACAUGCAGGUGCAAGACAUGGGCAUGGACCUUCUCAACCUGCACGAAAAUUCAGACCUGCUGAGUUUGAUAUGGACAAACUGAGGAGUACCUUGAAACAGUUCGUACGGGAUUGGAGCGAAGAGGGCGAAGCUGAGCGAGAAGCGUGCUACAAACCCAUGAAAGAUGCACUUCUUCAGCAUUUUGCCAAUGCUACUCAUGAAGAAAGACGCAAAUUGAGGGUCCUUGUGCCUGGUGCAGGACUAGGGCGCCUUGCAUAUGACGUUGCCAAACUAGGAUUCGUAUGUCAGGGGAACGAGUUCUCUCACUACAUGCUGCUAUCUUCCUUUUUCAUCCUCAACAAGACCGAUGGCGUCAAGUGCCACACAUUCUAUCCCUAUGUGCACUCGUUUUCCAACGCGCCAAACAAGGUGUCUAUCCUGCAAGCCGUAUCAAUUCCAGAUGUUUCUCCGUCCGACUUGCCAGCCGGGUCCAAUUUCUCUCUUGUUGCCGGCGACUUCGAAGAAAUAUAUGGUACAGAGUCUGAUCCUGAUGAACCCCAACACGGCCAAUGGGACGCCAUACUGACCUGCUUCUUUAUCGAUACGGCUAAGAACAUCGUUAACUACCUUCGAAUAAUUCAUCGCAUUCUGGCUCCAGGUGGUGUAUGGAUUAACCUCGGGCCGUUAUUAUGGCACUGGGAAAACAACACGUCGAACGACCCCUCCGUCGAACUAGAUCUGGAAGAACUAAAAUCCCUGGCCCGCAGGAUCGGUUUUGAGUUUUCGGUGAGAGGUUCUCGUUGA